CUAUUAAGGUGGAUCGUAGUAACCUGUGCCGUGGUGACGCGUCAAACAAUCGACAGUUAUACUAUAGAUAUAUAUUUUUUUUUCGAAAAAGUGGUGACAAGUGUGCAUCACAAUGUUUUGAUUUGUUUAUUGUUUGGUGGUGUUUGUUAAUGAUGGAUUCCAGCGCACUCUUCGUUUUUUUGAUCGGACUGGUCGUGGCGCAAGGUGCCCAAGUUGUCGUAGAGCCCCGGGAAGUGCUAGUCCUCCCUGGAAGCAAUGUCACCGUCAUGUGUCGAGUGGAAGUACCCCUCCAGUACUGUCGUGUGGAAAUCCCCGGGAUGCAACCUCUAAAUCUCAACUCAAAACUGUCAAAUAGUGAGGUUGCCUACUAUGGGGGAGGCCUGCCUGCUGGACAAUGCGGGUUUCGGAUAAACAGAGUGACUGAGAGAAAUAACGGGGUGAUUAAAUGUACUUUGGGGAUUGAAACGGAACCGACGGAGUCUAUUGGCAUGGUCCAACUCAUCGUAGCGAAAGCCCCAAGGUAUCCAGAACUGGACUUAAGCCGAGGCACUGACUCGGUCAACAUUUACAAAAUCAACGACGUCCUCCAGGCCUCCUGUAUAGUCAAAGAUGGCCGGCCUGUAGCCAACAUUUCAUGGUAUCUUGAUAAUGAGCCGCUCUACAGCAACGAUCUCAGUAUGCCAACUGUGAUCGAUUUGGCCAAAGAGAAUCUCCAAUCAAAAGUCCAGAAUUUGACACGUGUGCUACAGGCGUCCGACAAUGGCAAACAUUUACGGUGUGUGGCUUUCCAUCCCGCCUACCCUGAUGGUAGGGCCGAAACGUCGCGCCAACUUGAUGUUAAAUUCGCUCCGUUGCCUCAAGGGGAGAUUGACAAGUUUGGGUAUAUCAUAGGGGAGGCUGGGCUUAUCACGGUGGUGGUCGAGGCCAACCCUAAGCCCAUUAUCGAGUGGGAUAUCGGGGGAGAGAGGAUUAGGGAGAGGGAGAAUGAUCACACGGGGCGCUUGGAGGCUGAGCCCAUCAAAGAUAUGGGAAAUGGACGCUACGAUGUUAGCUUAAGGAUCGCAGCUAUAAACAAACACGACACUGAGAAAACCUACUAUUUGAGGACUUACAACGACAUGGGAAGUACCGAUUACACGAUCAAAAUUUCCACAAGUCCAGAACCUGAAGGCUUUCACAAAUUCCUCCACCAAACCAAACUGUACGGUCUCGAGCUCGGCAUUGGAGGAAUCAUCGGCAUCAUCGUCUCCAUCCUCAUCAUCCUCCUCGUUGUUUUCCUCCUGGUCUUCGCCAAAGUGACCGGCAGGUGGUGCUUCAGCGAUGGCGCCACGGUGAUCGACUACACGACGGGCGACAGCGGGCAUCACGUGACCGUGGAUGGAGUGAGUGGGGAUGGAGUUGAUAAUCCGCACCACCAGGUGUCGCAAGAGUACAUCAACGGGAACGAUGUGAAGAAAGAUGAGAAAAAGAUUGAUACGGCGGUGUAAUCUAGGGACUUUAAUCGAAUUUUGUGUUGGUACGACUGCUGUAGGUUAGGUUUCCUCCCCUGAUUCUCAAUGUGUAAAUAUCGUCGUGAUUUUUGUGACAAUGGGGCGCUCUAUGCCCUGUAAUAAUACUCAAUUGUUUCAAUUUUUACUGCCAUAUUGCAAUCAAAAAUGAGGGGUGAGUGCUACAAGGUUGGCAACGCUGCGCGAAACAUUCCAUAUAUUUUUCUAAUUUUAGUGUAUAUUUUAUUGUAAUAUAAGAAUAAUUAGUUUAUUUUUUUACGUAACUUAAUUCUCAUCACGUCUAUUUAUUCGCCCAUUCUCGGAUUAUUUAUACACAUUUCUUAGCAAUUCGUUCAAGUGUUAAGAACGCUGUUUAAAACAAUUAUAUAUUUAAGAGAUGAAAAUGAUAUUAAUGUAAAAAUUUUGUAUGUUAUAUGUACUUAAAUAUUUAGAAAUAAGUUGACCGAUAAUUAUAAAUUGUUUUAUAAAUAAAAGUAUAUGAGAGAA